AAGUACAAAAAACGGCUGGGAUAUUAUACAAGUCAUGUAGACAUAUAUAUAUUAAAUUAAGAAAAUACAUGUUUACAUGACUUGUAUAUACAUGUAUAUAUAUUGUAUAUAUAUUAGACUAUCUCUAAUUAUACAUUUCGAUCUUUACAUUAUAAUAUUAAUAUAUACAACGCUACUUGUGUUUGAGUUUUAUUGGUCAAGCCUCCUGCAAACUUUCUGAUUCAUAUCUAUGUAUAUUCUUAUAAAUUUCUACUGCAACAUUAAUUAAUAUUUUAGUUUGAAAAUUAUUAAUGACUGCAAAUUGUAUGAUGUACAUGUAGGUUGUUUUAAAAAUGAAAUCAGCAAUCAAUUAUGAUAUAAUGUACGGGUAGAUAAAUGACUAAACAUUUUGAUAUCCUACAUUGUUAUCAGGCUAUCAACGUAUAUAAUGUUUUGAGAGUACAUAUGGGAACAUAUUUUCACAGUUUUGACAAGAGCUAUGGCGUCAGGUUCUUACACAUUGCCAUGUGGGUUCAAGCCACCUUCAGAAAGUUAUGUAUUCGACAAUCUUAUCGCCGACCUCUCUCAAGCAAUAUCAGAACAGGAACUGGAAAAUCUCAAACAACGCUUUGAACGUGUGCAACAUGUACGGACUCCAAGAGAGAUGUUUGACUCUCUGAGAGAUAUGGGAUUCAUAGGCAACUACGACAUAUUGUAUAUCCAGCAAAUUGUUCGUGUUCUUGACAGAGUAGAUCUUGUGGAAAAAUUGCUAAAAUACGUACAAAUGUUUGAGGAGGAUACGGUUCUGCAUUUUGUCCAGGAGAAGAAAAUAACCACUAACGGAUUUAUUCUAGUUCAGUUUCACGUUAAAGGUAAAGGGAUUUCAGAGACUUGCCAACUGGAAGAGUUUCGGAGAGAGGUAUCUAGGCCACUGUUUUGUCCUAUCCAUGAAGUGUUCAUCAGUGGCAUACAAGAAACAAACAGCACUAUCUUAACACUCAUGAUUCCAACAUUGUAUGCUGAUUUCCUCGCAAAACUGUUAGAAAAACAAAGUCAACGCAUCAUUCGCUCAUUUUUGUUACUAAGCGUCGACUCAGUUAUCUGCAAUAACAAUAAAUUUGAGCUUCAGGUCAAAGGCGAGUUGUAUAAAGCCAGAAGUACCAAACAUCAACCAGGUCAAUCUACAAGAUACGAAAGCAGAACACCUAAACGAAGAAUGGACGUGGAACCAACGAAAAACGUACACACACGGAAGAAAAUUAAAAAUAUACAUCAAACAAAAGGAAAGAGCGCCCAAGUAGCCAUACGUCAACGACCAUCACCCAUUUCAGUGAUAUUGGAAAAACAACAUAAAAAUAUACAUCAAACAAGAGGAAAGGGAGCCCAAGUAGUCAUACAUCAACGACCAUCUCACAUUUCAGUGAUAUUGGAAAAUCAACUGAAUGAAAUUAAACAACAAUAAGAAAGAAAACAUUUCUUUUAUAAUUUGUAUUUUAAUAAUCUACAGAGAAUAAAGAAAUACAUUUUUGAUUUGUAGUGGUUAGCAUUUAAGUUCGCUUUUAGUUCUAACAUAUCCUUGAAUAGAUAGUAUUAUAGGGUGUUGAGGUAACUGUAUCAAAAAGCAUUUUAUUUUGAAAGGUGUUUGUUUA